GCGGUGGGGCCUGGGAGCGCUGCGUGUCAGCCCGGGAGCGGCGGCCGAGCCGGGGCCGUGGGGGCCUCUCCCCACCGUCCGCCCGCUUGCCUGGGCUGCGAGGAGGAGCCCGGCGGGCGCUGCCGCUGCAGCCCAGCUCGGUCGCUGGGGGCCGCAGGCUGGAGUCGGUGCAGAGGUGGGGGCCAGGGAAUUGCCGUCUGCCUGAGGCCCCGGGGCAGGAGUGCCGCGGGCUCUGAGCGCUGUCAGCCCACUCGAGCUCGGCCCGCGCUGCUGGCCCCGGCCCCCUCGGUGCGCCCGUCCCUGUGCCGCCGCGGGCCCUGACCCGCAGGCCACAGCACUGUCACCGAGCGGGCAUCGCCUGGCCCCAGCCAUGGCGUGCAUCCAUUACAAGUUCGCCAGCAAGCUGCACUACGAUGCGCUCACCUUCAGCGGCCCCCACAUCUCCCUGCGCGACCUCAGGCGCCAGAUCAUGGCCCGCGAGAAGCUGAAGGCGGCCAACUGCCACCUGCAGAUCAGCAACGCCCAGAGCAAAGAAGAAUACACGGACGAUAAUGCCCUGAUUCCUAAGAACUCAUCGGUAAUUGUUAGAAGAAUCCCUGCUGGAGGAGUUAAAGCUACCAGCAAAACAUGUGUUAGGAGUCGAACUGAGCCAGUGAGUGGAACAUCAAGAGCAGUAUGUAAAAACACAAUCUCUGACUUUUUUCUACACGCUGCACUUAAUUCUAAACAAUCCAAUCUGGCUGAAGCCAACGCUUCCGAAGAAGACAAGAUAAAAGCUAUGAUGAUACAGUCUUGCCGACAGUAUGAUCCAAUCAACUACAUGAAGAAAUCCUUGGGUCUACCUCCACCAUCAUAUACUUGUUUUCGUUGCGGAAAUCCUGGCCACUAUAUAAAGAACUGCCCAACAAAUGGGGUAAGAAAAAAUUGUGAGUCUGUUCCCAGAAUUAAAAAGAGCACAGGAAUUCCAAGGAGUUUCAUGGUGGAGGUGAAAGAUCCCAAUACUAAGGGUGCUAUGCUGACCAAGACAGGAAAAUAUGCAAUACCAGCUAUUAAUGCGGAAGCUUAUGCUAGAGGAAAGAAGGAGAAGCCUCCCUUCUUACCAGAGGAGCCAUCCUCUUCCUCCUCAGGUGGUGAUCCUCUUCCAGAGGAGAUGUUAUGUCUCAUUUGUAGAGAUAUCAUGACUGACGCCGCUGUUAUUCCCUGCUGUGGAAACAGUUAUUGUGAUGAAUGUAUUAGAACAGCAUUACUGGAAUCUGAGGAACACACAUGCCCAGCAUGUCACCAGACAGAUGUUUCUCCUGAUUCUUUAAUUGCCAACAAGUGCCUACGCCAGGCUGUGAACAACUUCAAAAAUGGAACAGGCUACACAAAAAGGCUCCGUAAGCAGAUUCAGCAGCAACAGCAGCAGCAGCAGCCGCCACCACCUCCACCGCCACUCAGGGCUCCGACACCUCCUGCUGCUCUGGUGACGGCCUCUGAACUUGCUAAAUCUUCCUCUGACAAUCAGCACUUUGGCUAUCAGGUUCCUGUACUCAAGCAGCCAGCAUUACCAAGUCUUCUGGGCCCCCAAGGACAAUCAAUACCCACAGCUGAAGUCCAGACUGAGGACGCCACACAGGGAACAUAUCCAAAGGACUCAGACCCCAACAGUACCAGCACCAACACCGGUCUUUGUGCCUGUGCCUACACCUCCCUUGCACCCUCCACCACCCCACUGCACCUCCUCUCCCACCGCGGGUACCACCACCACCACCAUUUCCUCCUCAUUACACACCUGGUCAGCCCCCAUCUGCUGAGUGCACUGUCCUCCCUCCAGGAUAUCCCCCAGCUCCUGUAA